UUCACAGGGCGUGGCACCAACAACGUCAUCACCUACCGCGGCGUCAAUUUGGUUCGCUUUUGAUGCAUUGGCGUUUGCUAACCGCGUGAGUCUAGAGCCAAAGCAACAAUUUUUCUUUUCGAACUUUAAUCGGUGCGUAUAGCGAUGCAUCGAAUUAGGUGAGGCCUCAUUAAGACUCGGCUCUUGUGUGUUUUGCGUGUUUUACGGUGAUGAACAAACUCUUUCUGAUCUCUUUCGUGACUCUACCGCGUCAUUUUGAGUGAUGAUUUAACAUUGAGACUUGACAGACGUCAAAUGCAGGUACAAACGUGCGUGCGUAAUCUAUGAUGCGUGCUCUGUGUGGUACGCACUUACCAAAUGGUUUGGUUUGUACCUCCUGAAUACUUCCUAGAAAGUGCAUCGUUUAGGGAAUGUCUGACGUGAAGAGGAAGUCUUUAGACAAGUCUGGAGGUACUGAGAGAUAAACCAGUCACUCAGUGUUGCUGUACUGUGUUUUAUUUUUUGGAGUGUGUAAUUGCCGUUCUAUCAUGGUUAUUUGCUGUGUUCCUGGAUGUACCAAUGUAUCUGCCAAGGGGAAAUAUUUGAAGUUUUUCAGAUUUCCUUCAAAUGAAGAGGAACGUCAGAAGUGGUUAGAACAAUUAGGACUUGAUGAUGUCUCGACCAAUGCCAGGGUAUGUGGUAGGCAUUUUGCUCGUGGAACCAAAUCAACAACAGGAGUAAUACCAACGUUGUCCAAGACAAAGCCACCUUUUUCUGUUGCUGCAAUAAAGCGAUCCAGAGUUAGAGCUUCUUUUACAUGGUCACCAUCAAAACAAACUCCUCCUUUGAAAAGGCUUGCUGCAAGAGUUAUUUCAAGACCAAGAAGGCCUAAAUCUUCUACUCCUAAGAAGAACGUUGCAGCAUGCAGGCGGUCUCUAAGUCUUAUUUCCCCAAUACGGGAACAUGAAGACAGAGAUGUGGAUGUUGCAGAAGACUUUGAAGACAUGUUUCACAGUCUAAGUAUUGAUGUUGAGCCUCACUCUGACUGUGCAUCGUGUUUUGAGCUGCAGGAGGAAUUAAAGGAAAAAGAAAACUGUAUCAAAUUACUUGAAAAGGUCUAUUGGGAAGUGGAAUGGCCGAAAGGUGCACGGAUUGGAUUUCAAUAACUUUGCGCGCGUUCUUAUAUUGUAAUUAAUUAAGACAAUACAUCUCUAUAUGCAACAGCAGAAUCACAAGUCACAAAUUAAUCUGUUUGCCUGUUUGUCUGUCUGUCGGUCUGUCUGUCUAUCUGUCUCUCUGUCUGUCUCUCUGUCUGUCUGUCUGUCUGUCUCUCUAUCUGUCUGUCUGUCUGUUCCAUUCGCAAAGUCCUCUCUUCUUUCUCUUCUUAGCAAUUAAGGCUUGAGGUUGAGUCUGUUAGCUGUUCCAAGACAUUACACCGAAGCACAACAUCGUAAAACUCGAGCCAAUGGUGGAAUUGCUCCAAUUCCAUGAAACAUAAGGUCUUCCAAAAACACCAUGGAUUGAAACCGAAUCAGUCGUCACGGAAACAAGCAAACGCGGCACUACAAACUGGUCUUCCGGUUGGUUUUCUCCAAUAAAACAGUGAGGCAAUUUUGCGUAUGACUUAAUGAACGGGACUUUGAGAAUAUCUCCGCUAUCUUCGAGCUCUGCCUUUUGCAAGUCCAUGUUGGCCACUCCUCCAUAGCUUUGCUUCGAGUCACAGUCGAUCGACUUUUUAUUCGUCGUGCCCCAAGUACAGGCCAAGAGCGAUGCACCCAUUAGCAGAUUGCCGUCAUAAUCCCAGUUGACCACUGUCCAGUG